AUGAUACUAAAGCUUGUACACUGUUUAGUUGCUCUUACAGGAUUAAUCUUUGCAAAGCCGUAUCAACAACAACAGGCAGUUUUAGCGCCGUCGCAGGAUGUACCAUUAAGAGAUAUCCAUAUAGGGGAUAUAAAUUUUAUCCAUACAACCGAUACUCAUGGCUGGUUGGGGUCCCAUCUAUCACAAAACGACUAUGAUGCUGACUGGGGAGAUUUCGUUGCAUUUGUAGAUAUACUUAGAGAAAAAAUUUUACGACAGUCCAGAGACGUAAUAGUCAUCGACACUGGCGACAAACGAGACGGUAAUGGUUUGAGUGAUGCUACUUGGCCCCCCGGCCUACGAAGCUCGGAGAUAUUCAACAUGAUGGAUUACGAUCUUUUAACGUUAGGUAAUCAUGAGCUAUAUACAGCUGAAAGUGCCAUACUAGAGUAUAGAGGAACUUCUCAGUCCUCAAAAUUCAAAGACAAAUAUGUUUGCAGCAACGUAGAAUUUAUUGAAGAUGACGGAACAAGGGUUCCUUUCGGGAAUAAAUACAUUACAUUCGAGACUCCCAUAAUGAAACAAAGAGUCCUGGCAUUAUCAUUUUUGUUUAGUUUUCAAAGAGCAAAUAACAGAGCCAUCGUAACACCACCAUUGGAAGAAAUAACUCAAAAAAGCUGGUUCCAAAAUAUGGUUGAGACAAACAGAGAGGAGGAAAUCGACCUAAUUAUUGUCUUUGGUCAUUUGCCUGCCACUGACCCUACAGAGCGUGAAAUGCACAAAAUUCAUGCUCUAAUAAGGAAAUACUACCCAAAUACUGUUAUACAAUAUUUUGGAGGGCACACUCAUAUCAGGGAUUUUGUACAGCUGGACUCAAAAUCUACUUGUUUACAAAGUGGUAGAUUUGCGGAAACUGUGGGAUUCUUGUCAAUUAAUAUGACUGACCCUGUGGACGCCGAAAGUCCUAUUUUCUCAAGAAGGUAUAUUGACUUUAACAAGGAAGCUUUCAAAUACCAUUUGAGCAAACUAGGGCAUGACUCGAAUGUUCCAGUCUCAACGAAAAAGGGUAAAACUAUUUCUCGUUUGGUGAAUGAUCUGCGCCAUGAACUAAAUUUGAACGAGAAACUGGGGUACAUUCCUCAAACUUACUACGUUUCAACAAGGCCAUUAAACUCCGAAGAGAAUCUUUAUCAUUUGAUCACGCAUAAGAUUUUACCCAAUUUAAUUCCUCCCAAAAACUAUGAACCUUCGAUGAGUCGUUUCAUUUUGAUUAACACUGGCUCUGUCAGGUACGAUCUUUACAAAGGCCCAUUUACAAAGGAUACUGAGUAUAUAGUGAUGCCAUUCAAUAAUGAUUGGCGCUUCAUCACAGUUCCAUUGGUCGUUGCCUCCAGGGUGGAAACCUAUUUGAACAAGGGCCCUGUCAUUGCCUCAUUAGGAAUACCAUCAUCGUCUCAUCACAAACAGCAUUUUGGCGGUUUUCAGAAGUGUCCCUUCAUCAAUAAUCCAAAUUUAAGCGAAGGCUACACCACAGAAGACGAUUUCGGGUGUCAUGGUGAUGACACACCUCACAAUUCACAAAGAGAAUACGAUAUCCCCAAUGUAGUGCAAUGUAAAGAGGUGAAGAAAGUGCAAGAAGAGGAAGCUGAUCCGUCGAAGAUGGUUCAUGUUAUCUUCUAUUCCUUUAUGGAACUCGAUAUAUUAAACGCCGUAAAUUCUAUCAUAAAUGAUUUAGGAUUACGUAUGGAGAACUUGACCACCAAUGACUGCUCCCAUUAUGGUGGUGAUUCAACCAAAAAGUUAUUACGGGAUUACUUUUCUCAAUUUUAG